AUGGCACAAGGCGCAAUCAAGGGCAAAUCCACCGCCCCUACGGCGAAGUCCACUGGCCGCCGACAAACAGCUUUGGGCCCCAAGAAAGGCGCGAGGACGAUUGCACCGAGGAAACAAGUGCUUGUCCGGAAUGCCAAAAUGACCAAGAUGGGACAAUUAACUGAUGUGUUGAAAUUGAAGAAACAUUCGGCAGGCUUGACGGCGAUGACUGAGCGGACAUUGGGAGCGAAAGCGGGACAUUUAGAGUUGCUCAAGGGCGGGAAGAAAAACAAGGACACCAAGGAGGGCGAGCUUCCGAAGGGAGGGUCGAAGAAAUUUGGUUGA